CACAGUGCAAGACAGAGUGUCCUCCAGGAACAAGCGCCUGUGCGCACACCCGCGUCUCUGGGUCGUGACGUCACUCUCGGCCACAGCGGCGGGAGUCCGGUGACUGAACCGGUCCGCGUCCUGCGCGCUUUUCCCUUCCGCACUUCACCGCCAAACACCAAGCCGACUGCGGGCUACAUGUCCAUCUGAGUGACCCUGGUGGUUCAUUACCACUUCUUUCUUCAGCACAGGACACAUCUCCCUCUCCAUCGUUUUUUCCCUCUCCUCUCUUUUGGAUGUUAUUACGAUGGGAUUUCUUGAUGCUCUUAGAGAUUUCAGUUUACUGACAUGGCUGAGGGAAGAGAGACAGUCCAGGAGGCUGAUCCUGUUCAUCGUUUUUAUUGCUUUGCUAUUGGAUAACAUGUUGUUGACGGUGGUGGUACCAAUCAUCCCCAGCUACUUGUACACAGUGGAUGAUGAGGCUUCCACUGCAGCCAAGAACCACUCCGUCUCCUCUCAGUCUCCAUCUGGAACCUUCCAGACCAUUGUGUCUCUUUAUGAUAACUCCACUCGCCUGACCAACCUCAUCCCACAAGUCAGCACCCCAGGCGUGACCUUUUCCCCGACCACGACCCCAGCAGCCAAUGCUUCUGACUGCCACAAAGCCGACCAGCAGCUCCUGAACGAGAAUGUAAAAGUGGGGCUCCUGUUUGCCUCAAAGGCCACAGUGCAGCUCAUCACCAACCCAAUUAUAGGACCUCUAACUAACAAAAUUGGCUACCAGAUCCCGAUGUUCGCCGGUUUCUGCAUCAUGUUCCUCUCAACCAUUAUGUUUGCCUUCUCGUCGAGCUAUGUGCUGUUGUUCCUGGCAAGGUCCUUGCAGGGAGUUGGCUCUUCUUGCUCCUCUGUAGCAGGUAUGGGAAUGCUGGCAAGUGUGUAUACAGAUGAUGAGGAGAGAGGAAAUGCAAUUGGCAUAGCACUGGGAGGACUUGCUAUGGGAGUAUUAGUUGGCCCACCAUUUGGCAGUGUGAUGUAUGAGUUUGUGGGAAAGACGGCUCCUUUCCUGGUCCUGGCUGUUUUAGCAGUGUUAGAUGGAGCACUGCAGCUGUUUAUACUUCAGCCUUCUAAAGUUGAUCCAGAGACUCAGAAAGGCUCGUCGCUGGUGACCCUCAUGAAAGAUCCUUAUAUCCUGAUUGCAGCAGGCUCUAUUUGUUUCGCUAACAUGGCCAUCGCAAUGCUGGAGCCCGCCCUGCCAAUCUGGAUGAUGGAAACUAUGUGUGCUAGAAAAUGGCAGCUAGGAGUUGCCUUUUUGCCAGCCAGCAUCUCCUACCUGAUCGGGACAAAUAUCUUCGCUGUUCUGGCUAACAAAAUGGGGAGGUGGCUGUGCUCUCUUAUAGGAAUGCUGUUGGUUGGGAUCAGCAUUAUCUGUGUGCCUUUUGCUAAAGACAUCUAUGGACUCAUUCUGCCAAACUUCGGAGUCGGUUUUGCGAUUGGUAUGGUGGACUCCUCUAUGAUGCCAAUCAUGGGAUACUUGGUGGAUCUGAGACACGUCUCAGUGUAUGGCAGCGUGUACGCUAUAGCUGAUGUGGCCUUCUGCAUGGGCUUUGCGUUCGGCCCAUCAGCCGGUGGAGCUAUCGCACGAAGUAUCGGCUUCCCGUGGCUCAUGACCAUCAUCGGCGUGGUGGACAUCCUGUUCGCUCCACUUUGUUUCUUCCUCCGCAACCCUCCAGCCAACGAGGAGAAAAUGGCCAUCCUGAUGGAUGUGAACUGUUCCAUGAGGUCCUACUCCACCCAGGGCUCCAGCUAUCAGAUGGGAGACGACAUGGACUUGGACAGUCCAGAGUAGACGCCUUUACCCUCUCUCAGACCUAGACCUUUGCCCCAUAGCCGUGUAUGUGCCCUACUAGUGUUAUUUUUGCUGUAUUAAAAGGGAGAAUAGGGACUUUUAACACAACCAUGUGGCUGAGGCUACGUCCCUAACUCUUUGUCAUUUGUUCUGCUGAAACCAAAGCCGUUGUCAUCGUCCUUUAAAAUUAGGGUUGAAGUAGCACGCCGAGUCAAACCAACAGCCUUAUCGACACACUCAGUAGGGCCAUUCAUUCGGAAACAGGGUCUUUAAAGCCACCAGCAAGGAUACGACAAGACACUCGUGUUUAAAUUAGGAUAUCGGGGAUAUUUUAGUAAUAUUAAAAAAAAAAGUUGAUAUGAUUUUAAAGAACAAACAUAUCAGAGUAAACAAUAUUAAACACAUUGGAUUUCAAAUCAAUCAGAGUUAAACAUAAAUAACUGAAUCAUUGUACUGCACUUGUUGCAGUGUGAAGCUUAAUAAACCCUAAUAUUACUGUAUGUUAUAAGGUUUCCCCUCCCCUUGUUCAGAAAACUUUACAUUACCUUCAAAUGAUCUGCUUUAGCCAUUAUAAAAAAAUCAUGAUCUUGUAUAAUUAUAAUGUAUAAAAUUAGAUUAGCAUGAUAUUUAUUUCCGUCAAUUUAUUUACAUUUCCUUCUGUUAUGAAGCGUUAAUUAACUUUGUUGUAAAUCCCUGAUCGUGGCUUUAAAACACGAAACUGAAGGUGACCUGUGCUGCAUCCGUCAACAUCCUGUAUAACCGCUCAACACUUAAAAACUCAAAGAUGACUUGGCUAUUUUUUGGAAAUCUCCAUUAGGAGUCAGAUGUUGAACAAUGCACAAUAGGGAGGCGAAUCAGCGCACAAAGAGGAUGAUUUCUAUCUUUUGUUGUGUUUUUAUUUAUUUUCACGGGAAGGGAAACUUGUCUGAGGAGAUCAUUUGCGUCAGGUGUGGCUAAAACUAUUCCUAUUUCACCUUGAAAUGGCCUUACAAAGUUUCCUUUAUAUAACAAGGGGUGACUGUUUUACAAAGACCACACGUCAGUUUUCUUAUUCGAAUACAAAAGGCUAAAAUGUGAGAGUACACCGAGGAAAGUGUGACGAGAAAGAGAGAGAGAGAGAGAUAGAUAGAGAGAGAAUAUCUGCAGUCAAACUGAAGUUUAUGUGACGUUUACAUUCAGUGUUGCCUCUAAGCCAAACUUUUGUUUGCGGGCUCGUUACAUGUUCCUGUCUGUUCAGGUCUUAUAUACGUGAACCAGCUACGAUUUAAGAUGUCGAUGUCGUCUUAUUUAUUAGCGUGUAUCAAACAAGAUUCAUUCAGCACAUCAUUUUAAUCCUAAAACAACCCAAAAAAGACACAGUGUCGCUCCUGGUUAUGAAUACGAGUUGUGUUUGUAAGUGUGUCCUUCCUUCAGGUGUGAAAUCCAUCGUGUCUGAGAGAGAGAUAGGAUCAUUUCAUCAGAAACGCACAGCUGUAGAGCAUCUCAUUAUCUCGUUAUAGUGCCUCCGUUGAAUUAGAUUAUAUUCUGAUUUCUAAAGUGUAUAUAGUAUAUAUAUCUAUAUUUUAGUAAGCACAUGUGAAAACGGUUAUUAAAGAUGUCUGCUGUUAGUCCUGCUAUUUAUAUAUAUAUAUAUAUAUAUAUAUAUAUAUAUAUAUAUAUAUAUAUAUAUAUAUAUAUAUAUAUAUAUAAAAUCAUAUAAGCCAUAUACUAGUCAUAAUUAAAUUCUCAUUUUUAGCCGUUCCAUUAUUUCCGCUCGUGCACGAUCCUCUCUUAGCGAUGGAGGGAGCUGUAAAAAUCCAGGUCUGGAAAAGCAGAACAUCUGUGACAUGGUUCUGCCAUAAAGAGCACAUCUAAGAGCACAUCUCUUAAUUAGAUCUGUAGCAAUCAGUGUUAAAGCUGUGUGCGUGCAGCUCCACCAUGCACAAAGGCAAUUCAAGCUAAUGAGAACGAUCAGAUAAGUUUGUACCGUGCAUCACUACUGUAACUGAAUCCUGAUCUUAAAAAAAAAAAAAAAAAACACACAGAGGCUGUGCUUUUUUUAGACUUCCGUCUAAAAUCCUCAAAUGUUUAUUUCGUUAACUUUCCGAAAUCUAAGGUUUAAGGAUUAUUCUCCGGUUUUUCGCAUUAGCUCCUGACUCGAUAUCAUUAUCAAUGUAUCACGUAUUACAAAAUACUAACCACGAUCAUCUGGCUUUGCAACACAGAGCCAUCAAUUCAUCAGGUAUCAUCAGUAUCAUAACCUAGUGAUAUACAGUAAUCCUGUUCGAGGCAGAAACAUCCAUUAGAGUCUAGUCGAUCUGCUCGAAGACAUUGUGCUAAUUUACCAACCCACAUAGGAUUGAGUUUCCCAAACAGUAACUUAGUAUAGUAAGAAAACAACUUCUAUGGCAAGCACGGUUUGUCGUUGGGGUCGUACCAAACCCCAGUUUUUACCACACAUCCUGCUUUUCUCCGUGCUGCACUUUCUUCUGUGCAACACACCUGAAGAUCUUCAAGGUCUGCUGUGGGAGUGUAUAUAUAUACUUUCUUGAUAUAUAGAGGAUUUUUGUGUGGCUGCCUUUGCUGAUGCAUCUGCUUUGGCAUUACCCUGUGACAUGGUGUGCGCUUCACAUUCACAAAUAGCAAUAGAUUUUGUUAAUAGGAGCGCAUCCAGGAGAUCAGAAAUCAGGCCAUUGUACGUGAUUAAUUUACCUAAGAAGUAAGGAAUCCUCUGCUUGUCCACAACAUGCCAAAAUCAUGUACUACCCUGAAACCAUAUCUGCGAUCAGUAUAAAUGGUAACAAUUUAGCCUCAUGCUACGAGACUGUUUUCUGAACGCUGAUCCAUCUACAUAAAGUUCAAUGUCUGGAAAUCUGCAUUGGCAUCUCCUGCAAAUUUCAGCUACAACCGCUACACAAUCGUGCCAUUCUCUGAAAAUGUUCUACAUGUUCUUGCCUUUUAUAAGUCAUUUGGAAAAAGGAUAAAGAUCCAAGCGAACACCAGGAAAUGUAUGUCGAGGAUACUCGAUUUCCUGAGUGCAGUUUAAUACAGGUGAUUGGAUUUAUUUCGUCUCGAACAGUACAUUAUAUAAAAAAAAGUACAGUAACUACAGUGUAAUCUGGGUGUUAUUCUAAUCAGAAUAACAGUGAUGUACGUAUACGAGGUCAUACCUGCAGCUUGUAAGAUGUAUGUAAGAGUCAGCUUCAAUAAACUGUUCACGCAACUGUUUUAUUUAAAGCUUACACUGUAUUAAAUUGGAAAAAAAAACAAAAAAAAAACAAAGGAAAAACGGAGAAUAAAACGAAGGAGCUUCUUCUGUUCACAAACAUCAUCCCUCCAUCAAAUAAUUCAAACUCUUUGUGUCGUUUAUUUUCUUGUUCUGAGAUUGCUUGCAUAUGUGCCAAUGUCGGUGUGCCUUUCUUCACGUGUCUUCUGUGUGUGUGUGUAAAGUAUCUCCUCAAGACCAUGAGAGGACAGUUUUGUAUCCUGUAGAAUUUCCUGUAGUCAGGAUUCAAAUCAUAAGACUGUAAACACUAUAGGAUGUAUGUAUGUAGUUGGGACUACAGCCAAAAAAAAAUAAAUGUUGAAUAUUGAGUAAA